GUAACUGCAGGAGGGUUAUGGCAAGCAUGGAUAUUAUAAAUAUAGAGGGUGGCGAGAUUGGAACACGUCCAUCAAAGAAUUCAUCAUCACUUCGUUGUAACUGCAUAAACUCAAAUUCCAUUAGCUAUGUAAUGAUUACCAUUGCAACAUUGGCAUUCCUCGGGGCCAUUGUUUUCAUUUGUCGAGAUUAUAUCAAGAUUCUACUUUAUUGGAUAGAGCAUCAAAACUCAUGGAUAGUGACAAUUAUUUUUAUUGCUCUCUUUACUCUUGUCUCAUUCCCAAUAGUCAUUGGCUAUCUGUUUCUUAUUAUCGCAAGUGGAUAUCUCUUUGGUAUUGUGCGUGGCAUUAUGAUGGUAAUUCUUGCUGCUAAUCUUGGCAUCGCCAUUGCACAUGCUACUCUGAGUGCACUGUCUUCACGUUUACCCAUUGGUGCACUGCUACAGAGUGAUACUGCAAGAGCUAUACUCAGGGUGAUUUCUGGACCACAGGCAUUUAAAGUCGUGCUCUUUGCAAGACUUACUCCAAUUCCUUUUGGGCUACAGAAUACUAUUUUUGCAGUGAGCAACAUAGGAGGCAUCCGAUACCACAUAGCCAGUGCAAUUGGGCUUCUUCCUGCUCAACUUAUCAACGUUUACUUAGGUAGCAGUUUGCGGUCCAUGCAAGAUGUUUUAGAAGAUAGAUCAACAGCAGCCACUGGCUACAUAGUAUUCUGUUUUCAGAUACUGGUUGGUGUCUCGCUAAUGGUCUAUGUCGUACAAAAAGCACGUAGAGAACUUCAGCUGGCACUGUUGGAAGCUGACCUUGCAUCCAUGGCAGAUACUUCGUAUUUCCUCUUGGAUACGCUACCCGACUCUAAGAUUGUGCUCUCUAAUCUUGUGGCCUAAUCGCGUAAUUACGCAUCGAGAUACCGGAAGCUGAUGCAAGGAUGAUUAGUAAUUACAGACAAUGGUAUUAUCAAGAAACGAGUCUCGCAUUUUGAUCUGCUGUAAAUACGUUUGGCAGUUUUGUGAAAUAUGAGAAAUCUAGGUGAACCUGAUAAAGGCAUUAUGAUAUUAACGAAUUAUUAAUAAUUUCCUUCAAUUGGCGGUUGCAUAAUAUCAGAAUUGGAUUCUUGUGAACGUGCAGAUUGCUCGAACGAACAUGACACGUAGAGAAUUGAGGAAAAAUACCUUUUUUUGCUCCUUCCUUUUCGGCUAGAACAAUACUAAUCGAAUAAUUUCAGUGCCAAAAACCAAAGUUAAUUUAUAUACAUUUAUUUUCUGCGUCUUCAUUAUUUUUCUUUCUGUUAUUUCGUCGAGUGUGAUCGGAAGUGCAUUUACGUAUUUCUACGUUGUAAUCAAAAUAAUACAAAGAGUAAUCGUUUAUUUUAUACAUAUUUAACAACGACCCGUUGAACCCAGCUAUUCGUAAAUUGUAAAAUGAUUUACACCUACAUUCUUUUUUUGCUUUUGACAAGAAAGAGCGUUACGUAAAGUGCAAUUCUUUUUACGAGUUUCACAGCUUGCAAAGUGCAUAUUUAAAUGCAUUCUUAAACGUAUUUCUCACGUAAAGUUAUGACACCAUUAUGCAUUACAAUAAUUAUAGUAGGUUAGCUACGUAAUGCAUAACUCAAAAAAUUUUUUACUCAAACGUAAAUGAAACUCCAGUCCACAUAAAUUACAUGGAUGAAUUAAGAUAAGUUGUGAAAUUUUGAACACGUGGAUGUCGUAAGAUUACAGAAUUUUACGAAGAGGCUGUACAAGUGCUUGAAUAAUUUUCAAAGAAAUUCUCCCCAGUUUUCUGCCAAACCAAAAAUGAAAAAGUUACUGAAGUUCGAUUUACAAUUUUAAGGCUCUCGUGCGACCUUUCCCUUUACGUGGCUUUUGAGACUAAUUAUUUAUUUAUAACUGUAUCGAUGCCCUUAACAAUUAUUAACUGUAAAUGCGGAUUAACAUCGAAUGAAUAUAUGAUGUUUUUGCAUAAUUAAUAUGAAAUGAUGGAAGGUACCAAGUUGUUAUUGCCAGGCAAAAUUUCUGAACGGAGUACACGUGUAGCUUUUUCGCUAAGUGUACUUUAAUGUGCAUAUUUAAAAAUAGAUGUGUAUAUUAUCAUUAUUAUUCUUCCUAAACAUUCUAUCGUACACUUCGCGAGAAACCACGUCGCACCCGUUAAGAUAAUAUUUACGUUUUCAACGAAACUGUUUUCGAUGCAUUUCUUUUUCUGUUUAAUAAGUUUAUACGUUUCUUCUUGUUGAUUCCAAUAAUAUGCAAGUCUUCCAAUAUCCCAUACAGGCGUGAUACUGUUAACCUCACGCAAUAUACUUUGCGUUUAGAAUUUCUGACAGAGAUAUUGUAAAAACCUGAAACUUGUAAAUUUUCGAAGAGCUCAUCAUAGAAUAGAAAAGGAAAAAAAAUUUAGGGAUUAUUAGGUUCAGAAUAAAAUCUCAUAAUUGUAAUCGAUUAUGUACAGACUUCCUCUUAAGCGGUAUUAUAAUGAUAUAAUGUAUAUUUACACAAUAUAUCUAUAUACCAUAUGUGUAUAUAUAUACACACGAUCAAAUAUAUUUAUGUUAUUAAGCAGAUGCGACCUUAUACUUUUACCCAUUUGGCAAGGAAGUUUUAUAAUUGUUAUUGGAAAGCUUUGGAAUUAAUCUCAUUCUUAUUAUCUUCUGAGAUAAGGCAAAAUGAGAAAUUUUGCAUUGAAUUUUUAGCAAAUGCAAUUUUCAAUUUCAUCUACAUUAUAUUGGUAUAUGUCGUAAAUGCAUUUAUAAAAAAAAAGUAAUCGUUAAUAAAAUAUUUUUAACAAAUA